GGCCACGCACACGCAAGAAGACCGAGCAUCAACCCUUCCCUCCCUGAGCGUGAGAGAGAGCAUUUUGCCCGCCCAGGGCUCCCAACUCCCCAGAGCGCGUUUAGCAUCCUCACCCAGGACUCGCAGCUCAACCCUCUCCAGAGCGGGCCGAUGAGGCGCACGCUAUCCCUCGCCGCGGAAUCCGAUGCCGACAGUGCGAGCGCGAGCGAAGCGAGCCCACUCACGGCUGUCCAGCGCGCAUACGCAAAGCGCACCAAUACCCGCCUUGUCACCCACGCUGAUGGCAGUCCUGCUUUCCGCCCUCUGCGGAGUGGGAGCGGGGCAGACGCCAGGGAGAGUUGUCCUCAGCCCGGAUCUGGAUUCGGAUUCGGGUUUGGCGGGUUUGGGCAUAACGAGCAGGAGGGAAAGAUCCUCCCUUGCCUGAGGGUGAAGGAUGAUGGGCUUAUGCGGAUCACCCCCGAGACACUGGAGACUGUGCUCAACGGGGACUAUGAUGCUCAGCUCGAGGCGCUGCAUAUCGUUGACUGCCGAUUCGACUACGAGUUUGCUGGAGGGCAUAUUGACGGUGCGGUCAACCUCGCUACUGCCGAUGCGGCGGAAGACUAUUUCCUUCGCUCGGGGUGUGGGAUCCCCCUCCCUGCUCCGAGCACGAGUAGGAACUAUAAUGGGAAGAAAACGGUCAUCAUCUUCCACUGCGAGUUUAGCGUGAAACGCGCACCGACGAUUGCGAAACAUCUGAGGAGCAGGGAUAGAGCGGUUAACGCGCAUUGUUAUCCGAGUAUACACUUUCCAGAGAUAUAUAUCCUCCAGGGGGGGUAUUAUGAUUUCUUUAAACGCAGUCCUGCCCACUGCGAACCCAAAGGAUACGUAGCGAUGCUCGAUCCCAGGCAUGCGACUGCCUGCUCCCCCUCCCUGGGCCAGUUCAGGCAAGGCACGAGAUGGCAGCGCGCAAGGUCGUAUACCUAUGGGGAUUCGGGGAUGCCGAGACCUAAGGGGGGGCAGGGGCCGGUGCCUUUACCUUUGGCGCUGCCUUUUCCUGCUGGGGCGGCCGGCGCAGGCAGUGGGAAUGUCAGUGCUGCUAGUGCGGCGGCGCCAGCGGCGCCGGCUAAGAAACGCCGGCCGCAAGUACAGCUCAUGAGCGUGAAAGAACAUUCCUCGAGCGAGGACGCGUUUGGAUGUUUGGGAGAGCCGGCUGCUCUCCGACCCGCACCCGGACUCGGGCUUGGGCUCGGGCUUGGGCUGGGGAGUGCGGUUGGGUUGGGUGCGCCGCCCCCUAGAGGGGAAGGGAGAAAGUGCAGGGUGAUGGAUAGGGCGGUGUCAUUUCGACAAUGAGGUGAAGGGUUGAGGUAUCUGUUUUUUGUUCGAUUUGUUUCUUUUUCCGUCUCUGUGUCUUCUUUUCCCCCUUUCUGUUCCUGUUCCUGUUCCUGUUUGAUUUGUUUGAUUUGUCUUUGUUUUUAUCUCUGAUUUAUUUGACAGCUCGCAUCUAUGUAUUUGGUUAUGCACUGGUUGCGUGACUUUUUUCUUUUCUCCGCUCGACUCGACUCUCUGCUCUCUGCUCUCUUCUUGUCGCUUGACACUCCUGUUUCUUCUCUUUUCCUCUCUCUAGUCUCUAGUCUCUCCCCUUUCUCAUCUGCUCUGCUCUGCACUCAUCUCAUUCUUCUUCUCCUUCUCAUUCAUCUCACUUUCUUUCCUCUCAUCUCCGCUCUCCUCGUUUUAUCCCAUCUCCUUCUAUCCUCCUCUUCUUUCCUUGUCCCUCGUAUCCUUCCCACCCCGCAACGUCUCGCCCUCACGCUCAUUCAGCCCACGCUCCUUGAUCUGCAUUCGCAACUGCAACUGCAACCGUAUCACCAUCCGCACUGGAUUUCACUGUAU